UUUUUUUUUUCUUUGAACUUGCAACUUUACUAUCGCAUAUGAAAGCACUCAUUAUCUUACUGUGCUUACAUUCAGUCAUUGCAUAUCAAACUAUCAUUGAUGUCUUAUCAAAGGAUGAACGAUUUGAAAAACUAGUGUCUCAUUUACAAAAACUUGAACUUGUGCCCAUGAUAAACGAGCUCGAGUCAGGUACAUUCUUUGCUCCAGUGAAUGCCGCAUUUGAGAAAAUUCCGGAUACUGCCGUCAGUCGUGAGUCACUGCUCUAUCAUAUUCUAAAAGGCAAAGGCAUAUCAUCCACUGACUUUUAUCAUGGUCAGCUAAAGGAGACACUGUAUGACGGCUAUUUAGGCUCCGAUGCACAACGCAUAAAAAUGACAGUAAAAGGGCACAAGGUUUACGUAAAUCAGGCCAAGCUGAUAGAAACAGACAUUCAAGUAAAUAAUUAUACCUACAUUCAUGCCAUAGACAGAGUAUUGGAGUUACCAAAGCUUUUAGGAGAUAGCAUAAGAGACAUAAACCCCGCUCUUGAUGAGCUGAUGCAAAAAGCGGACAUCAUUCAAUUACUGAAAGAAAAGACGCCAUUCACGAUAUUCGUUUCAACAAAAAAGGAACCCUUAGGCUAUUACAAUGACAUAGAGUCGACUUACUUGAUGUCUAAACAUGGCAAAACAGAGUUGUCCUUAUUUUUAAAAUAUGCAAUCAUAGAUAAAGCCAUCUAUUUGGACGAAUUUACUUCAGGGAAAACGACAUACAAGUCCAUUACCGGUGAUUCUUUAACCAUCACUUCAACUAAGAAAGGAGAAGCAUCCGUCAAUGAUUUUGCUAUUACACAGUCUGAUAUAUUAGCCGCCAAUGGUGUCAUUCAUCAAAUAGACGAUAUAUUCAAACCAAACUCAUUGAUAUUCAACACAAGGAAAUACCUGUACGGCUUGAAUGCUACAAACAUGGUACAACUCUUUGACAAUUACAACCUCUCACAUUACAUUGACCAAAUGGACACAAACUAUACCUUUUUGAUACCACCUGAAGACGAUAUACCUCUCCCUCCUCUUCCUGCUGCAUCUUGGCUGGAGUAUCAUGUAAUUCAAGGCCUCUGGUCACAAGAUACCUUGGUUGAUAAAAAGUUAUUGUUGACAGAAUUCAAGUCAUCUGAAUUAGGAGACAAGCGCCAAAGAGUGCCUGUAUAUACUGAAAAUGAUGGAAAGAAGAAGCCAUCCAUCUUGUUUGAUCAUGCUCGGUCUCUUGGUGAUCCCGUCAGUAUUCAAGGCAGUAUCAUCUAUAAAAUAUCCGAGCCUCUGACGUUACCUGGGGACUUUUUAUCAAGACUCGUAGUUGACCUAGACUCAUCCACCUUUAUUGCCACCCUUUAUGUAUCCGAAGUAGUAGAGGAGAUCAAGAGUACGCCGGGUAUUACCUUGUUUGCUCCAACCAACGAUGCAUUUAAAGAGCUUGGUCUUGUGGCCAAAUACCUCGUUCAUUUUAGUGCCAAACCUCAACUCCAGUCUGUUUUGAGAUACCAUGCGGCCAAGAAGUUACUGUAUGAAGAAGAUAUGAAAAGCAAGACACACGAAGUAAACACCUUGGCCAACUCCACAUUACGCAUCAGUCCAGACGACCAGGUUAUUCACGUUGGCAGGCCAGAUGAUAGUUCGACAGCAGCGAUUGUGGAUAAACCAGAUAUGUUGGUAUCCAAUGGCGUCAUACACAAGAUUUCAAAGGUUCAAAUCCCAAGUAAUGUGCAGAUUACCAAUCAGCAGGUUCUGGUGGGCAUUGAGGCUAACACGUUGAUGACCAUCCUGGAGAAGGCAGAACUGCUCAACCUAACCCAACAAGAUAACACGGUCAUACUGGCUCCUACAGACAAGGCAUUCACUCGAUUGGAUGUUCAAGCUUUACUGGAAGAUCCUUACCAGCUGGAACGUAUAGCUAAAAUGCACAUGGUACCUGCGACCUGGCAGGAUGAGUGGACAAGUCAUGAAUCAAGCACUGUGACUAAACUAAAAAAGCUACUGACCUUUGAAUACCCUACCCUGCUCUCAUUAGCAGAUCGAGUGGUAGUCCAGCAAACCGAAAAGGGAGAGUGGAUGGUUCAAGUGAAGGAUAGUGAUCAACAAGCUCAAAUUCUGGGAUUUGGACGUACAUCCGCGAAUGGAGGCAUUAUCUUAAUUGACAAUGUUUUGAUACCCGUGCGAAGAGGUAUCUUUGGCCUACCUUUCCUCUGGUCAUUGUUUGUCAUCUUACUCAUGAUUGCUUUAAUUGGUGGAACAAUUUCAGUAUGCGGCUUCUUUGGAUACAAGGUAUACAAUAGAAGAAGAUUAGGUUACAGGCCGAUAUUUUAAAAACAUGCUUUUUUUUUUGUAAGAGCAUUUUAUAUAAAAUGUCACGUUUUAUUUGUCUACAUUGUGUAUGUCUAUGUUUGAUUUUUUAUAUGUAAGAUUGAAACUUGUUCAUUCAUAACCGCGGUUCUUCCCAUCACUUUUACGACGCUUGUUAUCGUCUUUGUUACUCCUGUCAUCGUCUUUGCUACUCCUGUCAUCGUCUUUGCUACUCCUGUCAUCGUCUUUGCUACUCCUGUCAUCGUCUUUGCUACUCCUGUCAUCAUCUUUGC